UCUAUUUCAGUCUAAUCCAAGACUGCUUAGUGGUUGGCAUGAACUUACAAUUGCGGGUAGGAUGAGACAUUUUUCUCAAGAGGAGCCGAGACAUGAGAUGGGAUCCAAGAGAACGAGAGGAGAGUUUGACAUAAUGUAUAAUAAAUAAAUUAUCAGCUCAGUUCACAAUUUGGACCUCACAGAUUUGUAUUUUGCUGUAAUUCUAGCCUGAAGAGAUGUAACUCUCCAAAGUUUUUUUCCAAUCCAAAUGUAAACACAAAGGAAAAACAUCUCACAAGCUCUAGCGUCAGAGAAAUAGAGCAGCCUCCUGGACUCCUUUCUUCGUCCCCUCGGCAUCUCUCUCCAGUGUCACCCCAUCCCACGGCCCCUCCCACUGCCCUUGUGUCUUUACAUCCAACUACACUCCCCCUGGCAUAGUCAAUUAGACACUCAGGAGGGGAAAUGAAGUUUAUCCUUGGUAAAUGUUCUGCCUCUGAACUGCCUCUGAGCACGUGUGAGUGUGAGUGGAUUGUUUUGGUUCAUGACUGGAGCGGUGAGUGAGAGCGGAGCUUUUGUCCACUGGAGACGCACUUGGAUCAGCGACUCAACUCAAAGUGCUUGACGCAGAAUGAUCCAGUCUCACAGUAAAUAAUGUCCACAAGGAUGUCUUCACUGUCAGCGUUUGGAUGGAUUCUUCUCUCUCUCCUCACCUCAUACGCUCAGACGGAGGCAGCCCGGUGCAGAGUUGGACUGGUCCAGAGCUCACACCCUGUGCAGGCACUGCUGGAGCGUUUCGAGGCGGGUCCUGGCUGUUCUGCCAGAGAAAGUGGCCCCAAUGAGACCCAUGUGAUUGCAGUGGGACGAGCGUCAAACAGCCCUGAAAACAAAGUUAUGGUAUUGCUGACGCCCCUGUCUCGCUCUCCUGGACCUUUCCGCGUGAUCCACCUCCUGCUCAGCUCCAAGCAGCCUGUGAACUGGAGCUUAGAGGGAGACAAGCUGCCUGGUCAUCUCACAGUAAUGGUGCAGGUGUCAUCUCAGUCCACAGUGCAGUCCAACUCACUGGAGGUGCAGGUUCAGACGAUGCAUUCACUGCCCUUUCGCCCCCGUGCUCUUCAUCGCUGGGCUUUGAGGCACCAUGGAAACAUCACCUCUUUGACACACUCUGCACACAGCAACCACGUUUAUAUCAAACUGGGACAAGAUCAGAACCAGACUACAGCCUGUCACCUGCAAUCAAUGUUCCUCUCUCCCAACUACUUGACUUCUGAUCUUCAACCCCAGGAAGUACAAGGCUGCUCCUUCAUGACUGCAGGGGCUGUAGGAACCUAUGGGCCUGAAGUGCACAUUAUUAAACUUCACUCUGCUGGUUCGGGCCUCUGUGGCUCUCUGCAGGUGGAGGUGGAGGUCUCCCUUAUACCCUCCGUCAAGUUCAGGGUUCACAACAUCGUACUUAUUCUCAGUAGCUCUGUUCCUGUUAACUGGGCCAUUUUGGCAAGAGGGAUUCAAGGCCGUGUGGAUAUUUAUUCUUCAAACAGCGUUUCCCCUCCCUUUCCCCCUGAACCAAACCUGAGCGUGUCCAGCAGACUCCACACAGACCUGUCUACUGAGUCCAACCUGCUGCUCUGGGCCCGGGACAGAGGCUUCUCCACAGUCACUUCUUACACAGAGGCAGACCUGGCCAACCGAUUCAGGGUUCACCUCACCAGGCCUGGGGCAGAGUUGUCUCCACAGGGGGGCAGGCCUCCCUGGGUAGAGGAGCAGCGGCUCAAGCAGUGGCUAAGUGAUUCUGUUGCUGGAGACGGAGAGAGUUUCUCAGUACAGUGUAAAGACGGGCGACUGAGCGUGACAGUGGACCAGAGCAUCCUGCAGAGAUUGUCUGUACCUGUAUCUGCUGUAACGCUUCGAGACCCGACAUGCCAGGCCCAGUCCAAUGGGAGCCAUUUCCUGUUGGUGUUCCCAGUCAUUUCCUGUCAGACAGAGGGAGACCUCAGGGGACCAGGAGGGGUGCAGUACAAAAACACGGUUUUUUUCUGGAGUGACAAGCCUCCAAUGAUUUUGGAUUUUAAUGAGACAGAACUGAAGUCCAAAGGUCCCAUAAGCAUCCAUUUCACCUGUUUGACCUCAUCCCCUGCACUCGGCUCUAGUGAUGACAUAGACAGUGAGAGCCCCAUCAUGGUUCCCUGGGCUCCACCAGGUUCAAAAUCAGAAGAGCAAAGGAGAACUCCAUCACCCAGACGCAGGCCUGGUCCUGAGCUGGAAAUGAGGCUUUUAGUGUCUGAAACAUAUGAGGAGAAGAGGAUUGGCCCAUGUGUGAUCACUGCAGAGCACCGAGUCUACACUGAGAUUUCAGCCAAAGGACCCUUGGUGGACGUGAUUAAAGUUAAAUCAUGUAUCAUCUCACCACAGUCGGAUCCAAAAAAGUCCCCAUUUUGGAGUGUCAUUAUGGAUGGUUGCUCCUCAGAUGACUCACUUAUUCUUAGCCCAAUCAUUAAACAUGAUAAUGUCAGUACAAAAGCUGAUCCUCUGGAAAAAGACAAUAGCUUUGGUGCAAACAUAGCUGAUAGAAGUAAAAGAGACACAGAAAGGCCAGAGGAGAAGCGGAGCAGGAGAAGGAUGGUAGCAGAGGAGCAGCUUCUGAGGUUCAGUUUUAUCAUGAGAGCACUGUAUAAUGAGUCCAUACAGUUCCUCCACUGCAGCCUGCAACUGUGCAGCUCUGACAUGAAAACAGGAGUCUCCACAGCUUCGACGGGAGAUUGUCUUACUGGGACAUGGAUUCCUCCUCUGGUUUCCACAUCAACCUCACUCCAGUGUGAGAUUCGAAACCUGUCCAGACCCAUGGUGGUGACCCGGCCCAUCAGCUCUCUAGCCCCAAAACCGAGGUCGCCCCCUACUGGACAAAGAUUUAAAAGACUCAGUGUAUCUCCAUUCACAAGCCCAGACCCUGAGCACAUCAGCUCCAUGGUACAGAUAGGACCACUGAUGGCUAUCGUGUUUACAGCCUUUGUGAUGGGCACCUGCCUGAUGGGGGCGCUCUGGUACAUCUACAGCCACACAGGUCAAGCACGGCUCAGAGACGGUUUUAGAGAGGAAACACUCAGAAACCGCAGUCUGCUAAAUCCAUCGUCACAGUCCAUCCAGUCCAACAGCUCUGUGUGAAAGGGUUCCGCCUCAAAUCUGAGAAGAACUGCACAACACUUCAGCUGUGUGGGACAGUAGCCGGUGUUCGUUGUUGUGCUAGUCAGUAUAUUUAAUUGUGAUGUACCACUACAGUAGCUUAUUGUAGCACAU